AUGUCUUCCUCCGGGCCCUCCUGCUCUUCUUCUUCCUCCGGCGCCUCUCGUCUACAACCAACGAAGAACUCGAGUUCUUCUUGGGGGGAGACGACAGGUGAUGAUGAAGAAGAAGAAGAAGCUUUGUCCCCUUCUUCUCAUUCCUCUCUCAUCCAGGAGGUCGUCGCUAGCACACAGCAGCAGCAGCAGCCCUCUCCCUGGGGUAUGCAGCACAUUCUGGGACACCGCCGCACAGCGGCGGUUUCGACUAUCCCCCUCGUGGUCGUGGCGGCGGUCCCGGCCCCCCCUCUCCGAGUGGGCGGAGAUGAGGGCUUCUUUGUUGAGGCCUUCUUCAAUGCCGAGGAGGAGCAGGGUCGUCCGUCGGGGGUGAUGUUGAUGAUGGCCCGGAAUGAUGAUGUUGAUGCUGCUGUUCGCGUUCCUGCCGUUGCCGCUGCCGUUGUCGACGAAGAACCCGUGUCUUUUUUAGCCGAGGAAGUUGAGGAGGAAGGAGCGGAUGACAACGUUUCUUCUCCCUCUUGUUCCGUAGACAGCCCGCGGGAGACAUCGAUUAUGACAGCAGCAGCUCCUGCUGCGACGGUCGAGGUGUCUUGUGAAAACAGGACGAAGACUCACCCCACCGGUGGAUUCGAUGUUGCAGUUGCUAGCGAGAGGGAGAAGUCGGCGACUACGAUCGCGUCAGACGAUGAACCCGAGGAGCAGCAGCAGCAACAUCGAUCGGUUUCCUCUGUUUCUGCUACCACUACCUUGCCAGUUACCCAGCUGGAUGGUGGCGUGCCCGGUCCGGCUGGUAUUCGUACUAAUACGGCGGGCGGACAGAAUUUCCUUGGGGCGGACGCUGCGGUUGGCACCCGCGGCCGAAGCACGACAACAACAGCAGCAACCACAACGCCUGUGGCUCCUGGCGAAAUCAGAGCGCGGCCCUCCUCGUCUAGAGAGAGGGGGGAGGUUGAGGGACCUCCCAAUUCGUCCAGUCCACAGGUUGUUGAUAUUGUUUUUGUUUCCCCUCCUGUUCCUCCCAGGAAUCCGGCGCGCCUCUUGGAUAUCUCCUUGAGUGGAAAGCGCAGAAUCAAGCAGCAGCAGCAGCAGCAGCGGGAAAGCUGUUCCCAACCCCCUCGUUCGACUCCGGUUUUCCCGCCCCCGCUCAACUUGCCGGCGGUCUCUGGCUUGAGUGGCGGUCCCGGUUUCGAGGACAUUCCGCCUGUCCCUCCGCUCCGCAUUAACCGCUCCCCUUCGGUGGUCCUAGCUGCCGACCGUCCUGGUUUCCCACCGCCGCCCAACAGGCCGCUUCCGCCCAUCCCGGGGCAAAGCGUUGUGCCAUUGGGUGGCACCCAGGUACAAUUGGGAGAGUGCGUUGGUGUGGAAGACGUGGAGUACGAGGGAGACGUGGAGGAGAGUAACUACGAGGACUCUGACAGCAGGGAGUCGCUAGUGCAAGUGCAACAAGGUCAUGGUGGUGGUCGUCCGCGUCUUUACGCUCCGAGCCUUUCCACAAUCAGGGAUAGCUCGCCGGCACCACCUCUUGUUGCUGCUUCUUCUCCUGUGCUUGUCGCCUCGGCUACGUCCUCUUCUUCACUGGUUGGAACACCUAACCUGCGCAGGUCCUUUACCGCCUCGGACGAGUAUGGUGCCGCCGACCAGCGCGCCCACGCAGAGGAGUCACCUACCCGCCAUCGGGGUAGUGAUGCCACGGCUCUCGGGGUAGCAUACGGCGAAACCAGCUUUGUUCAAGGCGACCGACGACGCUGGGGGAUGGUUCCCCAUAUGUUGGGUGGAGAGGCCUGGUCUCGGCUGGCUUCUUCUUCCCCGACGCCAUCCUCCUCAGCAAACUCGGAAAGGACCGCUCGGCCGGCCCGCACUACAGGCGAGGAACAGGAGGAGGUUCUCCUUCCUCCUGCCGACACCAACGACGAUCUGUUAGCCGAGGAGGCUGGCUUCGCCAUCGAUAACAGCGCCAUCCUCCAAGACUUUGGCGAAGGUGUGCCCUCACGGGAGGAGGGUCCUGCUAUGGACCGUCUCGUGGAAGACCCGGUGCACGGGUCGACCACCACACUGGAGCCAAUGACUGCGGAAGUUGCGCCGCUACGUCUUCGUCGUGCGCCAGCCAUGAGACGAGGCUCGACAGCCGUCACCAGUACCAGUUCACCACGCCCCCAGCCGCAACCGCAACCAGAACGCCAACGCCCUAACCUUUAUACCUUCCCUCGUCCGCCGUAUGGUUUACGUCCUGAUGGUGGUUCAAGCACGCGAAGCCCGAGGCCUGGUGGUACAGCUUCUGCUUCUGCGUCUGGUGAUGGUGGCCUCGUUUCGUCCGUUACCGUUGGUGUCACACCCACAACAACAACUCGCCCUCCUUAUGCGUCAGGAGCUGGCGUCGAGUUUCCAGUGUCUUCGGGUGCACACGAUGCGAUCAUUCCUCCCAUUGAUGAGGCAAGCACUUCUGGUCCGAUAUCCCCUGGCGUUCUUGAAUCCGGUUCUGGUUCUGGUUCAGGACUCAGCCGUGGUCUUACACGGUCGGCGACCCAUGCCAUUGUCCCGCCGCCCAUGCCACUUAGUUCGCCUCCGCCGAUACCUGGUGGUUUUGCCCGUUCGGCCACUCAGGCCCUUCCUCGACCUGGACUGCCUAUGUCGACUACUUUCGGUGGUGCUAUCGGCGGCAACAACUCCUCUCGUUUUGGGACUGGCAUGCGAUCAGUGUCCGCGCCUAGGCCGAUGGGUGCCCCGACUGAAGGUGAAGAUGAGUUUCACGCCGGCAUUCGGACAUACAUUGGCCGCACUCAAGACAGGUACGAGGAGCAGCGAGCGGCCUUGCGCCCAGGACAUGGACUUCGUUCGAGGACGCAGACUCUAGGCACUUUCCCCCCGUCCACUAUCACUUCUCCGCCAACGAGCUCUGGGAGGGGUAGCGGCAGCGGCUCCCACCAACUCAGCGGUUCCUCGAUGGCAACCUUGUUCCUUGGCUCUCCAACCUCGCCGGGAAUGAUGGGUUCACCAACCCCACCGACGCCAGGCUUCACCAGUCCUUCCUUUCCUUCUGGCUCAAGUAGUCGUGGUCGUGGCCGUGGCCGUAGUUCGCGCGGUUCGCGUGGAUCCCGUGGUUCGGCGUCAAGUGUGCCUCAAGUUCAACCGCAACCGCGACCUGAAAUCCGAGUGGAGAUGCGCGAGAGAGGUCCUGCCAUGGUGACGGUCAGAGACCCCAACCAGCCCGAGAGACCAAGGAGUGAACCAGCAGAAGAGCCCAGGUCAUACUGGAGCUCAGACACCGAGGAAGAGCCUUCGGCCAUAGAAAGGGUGCGAACCGUUUUCAGCAGGCUGAGAACCAGAUCUCGCGGCAACCUUCGGCGGGAAGCCUCGUCUUCCUUUUCCACCACCAAUAGCUUGAGCCCAGUCACCACCAGAGACGGUGGUCCCCCUCGUCACCCCGAUAUUCCCCCCGUUCCGCCGCUCCCCACGUUUACGUCUGGGACAUCUCCAAUUCCCUCCAUUCCGAUACCUCCCAUCCCUACUAACGAGGACAAUGACAACCACGACGAUGAUGCAGCAGUGAAUCAAGCAGGCGGUGGAUCUCAAAGACAGAAGCAGCUGAAGAAGAAAAAGUCGCUGGCGAACUUGUUUGGAAAGAAAAGGGAAGAGUAA